AUGGCUUGUCGUCUCAUCAACACAUCCACGGAUUUCCAUGUAUCGCCAGGAAAACAAAGCCUCGAGAGAGACUCCAUAUGCGAAACCUCCACGUGCUUUCCUUCGCCAAAUCGCUCACAUCCCGCCCAACAUUUGCCCGACAUCGUACCAUGGGCACCACAAUCUGACCAAGCAGCAUAG